GCAGUUAUUUUAUUUUUUUGUUUUUGGUAUUCGCAAUGUAGGCUACAACUGCUUUCUUGAACAUUUUUACACACUGUCCCAUCACACAUCUUCCCAUGCAGUAAACGUUGUUUUGCCCUUGACACAGCUAACUCUCUGCGAGGUAUGUAUGCCGCCAUUGAUAAUAUCAGCUCACUGAAGCAGGGGUUGUUUUUAUUUGUUACGUCUGGAGUUUCUGAGUUAGACUUCCAAAUGGUUUCAGUGCGAUUCUCCAAGUUGGAGCUCGACAAAAUCGAGUUUCGAGUUGUCUCGAACGCGACAAUAAUGCAGCGCGGGAAUUUUGUUCACGAAGAGAGUUGCGGAAGUAGCCUAAAACGUUCACAAAAGACAGCAUGAAAAGUUUUGAUUACGCGUCUUGAAAGACUGUGCAACUACCGAGUAGGCUAGUGUGCAGCUAUCGAGUAGGGUAGUGUACAAGAAAAUGGUUCUAUUCAAGAAUGGAAAUGGAGGUGGAUAUUAUUGAAUUUAGAGUACCAACAGAGAACAACAAAACACUCUUCGUAUGGGAUAUCCUCCCGGAACAUUCUGAAGCCCAUAUUUAUGAAGCGAUUUGGAAUGUCUUCUCCGCCUUCGGAGCUCUUUACAUCGUGAAGGUGUGUCCUAACGCCACAUUAGCCAAGCCAGGAUUCUAUGCAAUGGUGAAGUUCUACUCCGCAACACAAGCGUCUAAAGCUCAGAGGGCUACAGACAAGACAUGCCUCUUCCAGCGUUCACCUGUUAAAGUCCAAAUGAGCACCCGGGUGAACCCAGCCUUCUCCUUCGAUGCCAGACCUCUUAGCAAUGCUAGAUGCCAGGAACUGGCCAAUCAUUACCUGGGAUUCAAUGGCUGGUCCACGCAGAUCCUCACAAUGAAGGACUUCUCCAGUUGUAGCGGAGCUGGGACUGGCAUGGCUGGCGUGCUGGAGAGUGACAGGGGUGGUAGCCAGGAGUUGUUCCUCAAAUAUGGCUGUAUGGCGAAGGUGACCUUCCCCCAGUAUGGAAUGAGCUGCCGGGGCAUCGGAGUCACAGAGGAACCCCUGGAUGGAGAUGAACGGCCAGAGGAGGUGCUCCGGAAGAGGGGGAAACUCCAGAGGUGGGCCCGAGACAAAGCAGUGGUGAAUGCACUCGAGAAAGUCCUCCUGAUUGUUCUGGGUAAUGGGAAAAUCGCAGUCGAGUGUAGGAUUGAUCCUGAUGAAAUUCUCCCCGAUGGUGACGUGGAAGGAAUCAUAAAGGUGAAUGAUAUACCGUGGAGUGAGUAUGAGGCGGCUGGAGAGGAUGAGGAGGACGUCUCCUGGGAUUUCACCAUGCAUGGGACUGAUUAGUCGGGCAAGACUGAAGACAUGAAGCAUGAGGACGUGGAGCCCCACGUUCGGCCCUGAUCUGGCAUGGAUCCGUUCCUGAGCCUGGAGCUUGAGGAGGCUUUCUACUUACUGUGUGAUUGGUAAUGUUACAGAGAGCGUUUUUUGAGUGUGUUGAAACCUGUUUGUUUCUUUAUUUAUUUUGAAUGGUAAGAUUGUACAAUAAAGGAAGUUGUCUGGCAAGUGUA